AUAUUGGCUAGGAGAUACCUCUAACAGUAAAGAGUCUUUAAAUAUGAUAAAUAAAAUUGCUUUAAUAGAUCAGAAUAUUGCUUUCAUAGGUCAGGAUAUUGGUUUAACAGAUAGUGAAACAUUAGAUAAUAAUAUAUAUAAUUUUUUAUUUCUUCCUCAGUCUGAAAAUCUUCAGUUCCUUGUCAAGUAG